AUGUCGUCAGCGAUCCGAGAAUCGAACGAAGAAUUUGAAGAUCAGUUUCGGCUCCAAAAGGAGGCAGCCGACCGGGAAAAACUGGCUGCCAGUCAGACCAAGAAAACACGCGUUGAUGACGAUGGUACAGUAAUGGAAUGGGACGAGGAAAAACGCGCCUGGUUCCCGAAAAUCGAUGACGAUUUCAUUGCUUCCUAUCAAAUGAACUUUGGUGUGCAAAGCGAACAAGAAAGUGCACACACAGCUUGGCGCCACUUUGCUGCCCAAGUUGAAAAGCUGAAAGCUGAACGGGGCGAUGAAGAUGAGGAGGUGAAAAAGGGUAUCGCUUCUCUGGGUGAAUACUAUCGUUCUCCUGCCUAUCGAGUCUGGUAUGAUGAGUACCAAAAGCGACAAGAAGAUGCAAGAGAAGAGGAACGAGUGCGUCUGGAGACAAAAAGUCGUCCCCAAAAGGUCGUGGAAAUGUCAGCAGAUGAUGCUUUGAGGCGAGCUGAAGAAGAACAGCGACUAGGUGUUCCCAUCGCCAAACCAGAGGAGGAGAAGAUAGAUGCUGUUCAAUCGAAAGGUGAAACUUGCUCAGAAGGUCAUUCAAGGAAGAGGAAGAAAAAGGGUGCCCCGGAGUGGUAUGAGAUAACCGACGAUAAGAACACUCACGUUUACGUGUCAGGUCUUCCGCCGACUAUAACAGAAGCGGAAUUCACGGCACUGAUGUCAAAAUGUGGCAUGAUUAUGAAUGAUCCGCUGACAAAUAAGUUGAGGAUUAAGUUAUACCGUGAUGAGGCUGGUAAGCCCAAGGGCGAUGGUCGUUGCUGCUAUAUUAAGAUUGAAUCAGUUGAUCUGGCGCUGCAGAUAUUGGAUGGACUGCAAUACGAAUCCGGCUAUAUUCUGCAUGUGGAACGCGCAAAAUUCCAACCUAAAAAGGACUUUGACUAUACCAAACAUCGUCGAUUGACGGCGAAGGAGAAAAAGAUAUUUAAGCAGAAGCAGGAAAAUCUCUUUAAGUGGAAACCGGAUGAAAAUAAGCUCAUUCGAGGCAGGAAGGAACGCGUGAUCGUCCUACGAAGUGUUUUUGACGAGAAGGAUCUUGGAGUAAGUCUACAAAAUGUAGUCCUGUUCCUUCGCCUUCCCGUCUAG